CUCUGCCUCUGGCUCUGUUCUGCUUACUGCUUUGCGUCUGCAGUAUCGAUAUCGAUAUCGCGACUAAAUUUUCUUUAAACUUUAAUUAAAUAUAAAAACAAAAACCACUAAAGUGACAAAAUAUAAUUCAUUGAAACAAUGAAAUUCAUCAUCAAAAAUAAUAAUUCAAGUGUGAAAAUGUAUUUUCGUGAAAUAGAAUAGAAAGAAAACGAUAAAGUUGCUAAAUCAAACAACCAAAUAUAAAGACUCCAAAGGAAUUAUUGUCUGGUAGUUGAUCCUGUAAUAUUGACUUAGCAACUUAAUCACUUUAAUCAUACAUAAGUACAACGCAAUUCAAAGCAAACAAGACUAAAAAAUUUUUUGUUUAACUUAAACUCUAAACACUACAUGUUCAUAUUUAAAAAGAUUUGCGUAUUGUCUGCUUUGAAAGUUGCGUCGACCUGCGCAGAAAAAAUCCAAAAAUUUCUAAGAGAAAGUAUGAACUUGUGUUCAUCGAUUGGAACAAACACAAGCACUGGUGGUGGUGGAGCAGCUGGCGUAUUGGGAAUUUGUAGUGCUAGUGGUCAAGGAACUUCAGCUAAUUGUAACGAAAUGCCUCCAGAAAAUCGCCCCAAAGUAGUUACAGUCAAACACCCUGAGUCUAAUAAGCCAAAGCCAACAACAAAAAAAGGCAAACCUAUUCCAGCCGAUCAAGAUGUAAUCAAAGCUCUUCAACGUUGCCGUGAUGAAGGCAUUAAACGUUUGGACUUGAGCAAGUCAUCAAUUGCAGUGAUUCCGUCAACCAUCAAAGAAUGUACACACUUGACUGAACUCUAUUUGUACAGCAAUCGAAUAACAGCCCUUCCAACUGAGAUUGGUGCUUUAGUUAAUUUAAAGACCCUCGCUUUGAAUGAGAACUCUCUUACCACCCUACCACAAUCACUAAAAUUUCUCACCCAAUUGAGGGUGUUGGAUUUGAGGCACAAUAAAUUGGCCGAAGUUCCUGAAGUACUCUAUCAGCUUAAGUCUUUGACAACGUUGUAUUUACGAUUCAAUCGUAUUCCAUGCGUUGGCAGUGGAGUCAAGAACUUAACUAACCUCACUAUGUUAAGUUUGAGGGAGAACAAAAUUCGGGAGCUGAGCUCAUCGAUUGGAUAUUUGGUCAAUUUGACCACGCUCGAUGUUUCACACAACCAUUUGGAGCAUUUGCCGGAUGAAAUCGGUAAUUGUGUGAAUCUGAACGCCUUGGAUUUGCAACACAAUGAACUGCUGGAUGUCCCGGAGAGCAUUGGAAAUUUAAAGAACUUAGUUCGCCUGGGCUUAAGGUACAAUCGUUUAUCGGCUGUUCCAGCUUCGCUUCGAAACUGCAAAUUCAUGGACGAGUUCAAUGUCGAAGGCAACAGUAUUGCAAAUUUACCAGACGGACUUUUAGCCAGUCUGAACGCAUUAACAACCAUAACACUAUCACGUAAUUCAUUCCACAGCUAUCCAUCAGGGGGGCCGGCCCAGUUCACAAAUGUAACAUGCAUCAAUUUGGAGCACAAUCAAAUUGACAAAAUACCCUAUGGCCUAUUUUCCCGAGCCAAAGGUCUUACAAAGCUCAACAUGAAGGAGAAUGUUCUCACAUCACUACCUCUAGAUGUUGGCACCUGGGUGAAUAUGGUGGAACUUAAUUUGGCCACAAAUUCACUCUCGAAAUUGCCCGACGAUAUUAUGAAUUUACAAAACCUUGAGAUCUUGAUUCUAUCCAACAACAUGCUCAAAAAAAUUCCCAACACAAUUGGCAAUUUGCGAAAGCUACGAAUUUUAGAUUUGGAAGAGAACCGCAUCGAAGUGAUUCCCAAUGAAAUUGGCCUUCUUCAUGAGCUCCAAAGACUUGUACUGCAAACAAAUCAAAUCUCAGUUGUACCCAGGACUAUUGGUCAUCUAACAAAACUCACUCACUUCUCCAUCAGCGAGAACAAUCUACAGUUCGUACCUGAAGAGAUUGGAUCGCUGGAACACUUGGAGAACCUCUAUCUUAAUCAGAAUCCAUGUUUGGAUAAGUUACCCUAUGAAUUGGCGCUGUGCCAAAACCUCAAGUACUUGAACAUCGAUAAGUGUCCAUUGAACACAAUACCACAAGAGAUCCAAGCUGGCGGGCCAUCUUUGGUCUUGCAGUGGCUAAAAAUGCACUCUCCAUACAGGUCAAUGUAAACUUUUGAAAGGUAUUUUAGAAAACGUACGUACGCCUACUGUGGAACAUAAAUCAAGAAUAUUUAAAAAACAAAAAGAAGCAAAAAUCGUUUCCUAUAUUUAAAAGAAAAACAAAAACAGGAAAUUUAUUUAUAUAUGUAAUGUUAAGUGUGUGUGAUUAUAUCAAAACAAAUAAUAGCUUUAAAAUGCUUGAACAAAAUUUAUUAAAAAAAAAUAUCAUAUAUACAAAAAACAAAAACCUACACUUAAAAAACAAAACAAAAAAUCAAUGGAAAGUUACUCGAAAUUAGAGUUAAAAACUGGCAGUUUGAAAAAUGAGACAAAGAAAGAGUUCAAUUGAAAAAUAUCGUUUGGUUUACAUAAUAUAGUAUUCGAUUGAUUUGCGCAUUUCUUUUUGACUGUUACAAAAUGACGAUCAAUCAAUAAUAAAGAUAAAUUAAGAAUCAAAAACGAAACAAAAUAAAAAAAAGAGGAGAAUAACAAAAAUACAAACAAACAAUAAGCCACUUGGAAGAACAUCGAACGUGAUGAUACUGAGACAAAACUGUAAUUAUUUUACGAACGAUAAAAAACCGUUGAAAUAUUUUAAUUUCAAUGGCAUCGACUUAUGGACUGUGAAUUUAGUACUAAGAUUCAAAAUAAAAAUAAUUCAACAUCGCAUUGCGGGUAUCGUCUGUUAAUCGUCAUCAUCUAGUCAUUUAAGACGAGAUUAUUUUUAUAAAAAAAAAACAAAAAUUUUUAAGCACUGCACCGAACUUUUUAUAUUAAAAACAAAUUACAAAUAUUUUUUUGUAUUACUUUGUUAAUUUGUAUUUUUAUUUACAAUAUUUGUUUAUUUUUUGAGCACAACUGUUUUAUUUAUUGAAACAAAAACAAAAUAUUAUUUUUUUUCCCAAUUAUCUUGUUAUUUUUUUCUUAUUUAAAAUAAAUAAAAUUAAAAUUUAAACAAAAACAAAAGUAAAAGUGCAAACGGAAUUGUUCAUAGUAAAAUAAUAAGAAAAUAUUAUAUAACAAAGUAAAUAGGUAAUAAUUAUUAUAAUAUAGAAAUAAUAAAACAAACAAAAAUAUUUAAAUGCAUUUAAUGUUAAAUGUUAAAAAUUUAUAUAAAUAUAUAUAUUCAUACAUAUAUACACUAAUAAAACAUAGAAAACAAAACAAAUUAUCAUUGUUUAUAAAUGUGAACAAAAUAAUAAUAAUAAAAAAAAAGAAAACAAAAAUUUUCUUGUCACAUUACAAAGAAAAUUUUAAAUCUUUCACUAUCGAAAUUGUUUAACUUAUUUAUAAGUUGGUUGAUUUUAAUCAACUUAUUUAUUUAAAUGUUUUUUCACUUUUUAUCGCCAUUGAGAAAAAGGCCAGCAAAAUCAAAUAUAUUCAUCGAAUUUAGUUUAAACAAAAAUAAAAACAACAAAAAUCGUUUUAAUUCAUUAUUUUUAUAUUUGUUAUGUUUUCUUUUAUUACUUUUUUUUAAAUUUAAUAAACUAACUUU